AUGUCAAGUCAUGAUGCGCGUACUGGACGAUCUCAACAGAGAUACGACGACGAGAAUAAACGAAGACUGAUUGCCGGUACCAUUCCAUUCCGAUUCACGCGCGGAGAAACUAAGGCAGAAAAAGACGAAACCGUUAAGAAGGACAGUGCCGCGACGACGAUGGAGACAAAUAGCAAGAACAAUAGUAAUGUAGAAGUACUCGUGAUUAGCUGUAGACGGAAACCGGAUAAACGAUCUUUCCCGAAAGGAGGAUGGGAGCUCGAUGAAACCGUGGAAGAAGCCGCGCGAAGGGAAACUUUAGAGGAAGCAGGUGUAUCGAGCGCGGUUCCUUUAAUACCUAUUUCGACAAACACAGGUGGUAUACAAUACGAAAGCAAAUCAAACCCGAUGGGAUGUACUGCACACUUCUUCUUGAUGCGCGUGACCGAACAGAGCGAAAAAUGGGCGGAAGAUUCUAUUCGAGUGCGGGAAUGGGUGUCCAUCGAGCGAGCGAAAGAUGUUUUGAAACAGAAAUGGAUGAAAGAUAUUCUAGAUGAAGCCGCGAUUAGGGGUUUGUUUUUCGAAUGA